AUGGCAGAGCUACCAACCAACCUAACAACUACCCCCCAAGCCUUCCCAACCUGCUGCCUCUCAAUCUCCAUAACCCUCCUAACAACCCUUUCCACCCUCCUCCCCACAAAGCCCUCCCUCACCCUCUCAAUCGGCAGCGGCACCGGCCUCCUCGAAGCCCUCCUAACCCACCAUUACCCAUCCCUCCAAAUCGAAGGCGUCGAAGUCUCCUCUUCCGUCAACCGCUAUAUCCCCGAACAAGACAUGCACGUCGUCACCGGCACAUGGGAUCUCUUGCACGAGCGGGCCCCCGACGCCACGGCGUGGAUGUUCGUCUAUCCGCGUGACCCGAGGCUGGUGGAGAGGUAUAUUGAGAUGUAUGGGAUGGGGAAGGUGGAGGUUAUUUUGUGGUUGGGGCCGAGGGCGGAUUGGGGGGAUUAUGUGCGGUGUUUUGCUGGGGGUUUUGGGGUGGAGAGGGUUGUUGGAAUUGAGGGGGGAUUGGCGGGGUUUGAGAUGUUGGGGGUUGUUAGGAAAAGGGAGGGGGUCUAG